CACAGAAGAGGUGUUUCCCUGGGUCCUGGAAACUCUAUAAAGAGCUUGCAGUCUUCACUAGCAGUCAGCAACAGGAGUACCUCUUUGCCAAUAGGGUCUCCUCAGGAUUCAGAGGAGGGGAUACCCUUUGUGGAGUUAAGCUCUAGUCACCAGCUGCCAUGCAGCAGUCCUUUAACUACCCGUAUCCCCAAAUCUACUGGGUGGACAGCAGUGCCCCAAACCCCUGGGCCUCUCCAGGGUCAGUCUUUCCCUGUCAGUCCUCUGUGCCUGGAAGGCCAGGGCAAAGGAAACCAUUGCCACCACCACCACCACCACCACCACCAUCACUGCCACCACCGCCACUACCAUUGCCACCGCCACCACCGCCACCUCCUGAGCUUCCACCAUUCUCCCUGCCAUCUCCAAAGAAGAGGAAGAACCACAGCACAGGCCUUUACCUCCUUGUGUUAUUCUUCAUGGUUCUGGUGGCCCUGGUUGUACUGGGGAUGGGGAUGUACCAGCUGUUCCAUCUGCAGAAGGAGCUAGCAGCUCUCAGAGAGUCUUCCAGUCAAAGUCAUAGUAAAUUAUCUCUGGAGAAGCAAAUCGGUCAGCCCAGCGUGCCCUGUGAGAAAAGGGAGCCAAGGAAAGUGGCCCAUUUAACAGGCAAUCCCAACUCACGAUCCAUGUCUCUGGAGUGGGAUGACACCUAUGGAAUUGCUCUGGUCUCUGGGAUCAAGUAUAAGAGGGGCAGCCUGGUGAUCAAUGACACUGGGCUGUACUUUGUGUAUUCCAAAGUGUACUUCCGGGGUCAAAUCUGUAAUAACCGGCCCCUGAGUCAUAAAGUCUGCAUGAGGGGCUCUAAUUAUCCUAAGGACUUGGUGCUGAUGGAAGAAAAAAUGAUGAGUUACUGUACUACUGGCCAAAUGUGGGCACGUAGCAGCUACCUGGGGGGAGUGUUCAGUCUCACCAGUACUGACCAUUUAUAUGUCAAUGUAUCUGAGUUUUCUCUCAUCAAUUUUGAUGAAUCAAAGACAUUUUUUGGCUUAUAUAAACUCUAAAAGGAACUCUUUAGGAUUCUUUCCGUUACGGUUCCUUGUUCCAAGCAUGAAGAAUGUCUUCAAUAAUGGUCUUCUUCAGUCUGCUUGAGGUCACGUGAGAAGACAUAAGAGAACAGUUAGGACACAGGAUUCAACAAGCUUGCAGUUCCUUAAGUUCUCUACAGUGGGACAGGAGAGGGACCAUGACUCUAGAACAUGCGUCUUUGCGCAGCCAAGUGAAGACAACAGGCAGGAAAGGCAGCUCCCAAGGUGUCCCUCACCCAUCUUAAGUGUUCAGCAGCUUUCCAGCGCACUAUAAAGGAUACCUAACUCACCACUUAGAGUGAGUCUACCAUCUACCUCAGGGGAGGCUAUCUUUGAGCUACCUGAAUGGGAAAUGAGUAAAGAAGAAUGAGAAAACAGAGAUAGGCUUGCACAAUAAGCUGAGGCUUAGAUAAACUCUUAAAGGCCCACUGGAAGCAUUUACUUUUAAAUGUAGUGCCUGAACCCCCAGGUGAGGCUAAUAAAGUGGGAUCUGUUGGGGACUUGGUCUGUUUCUUAAGUUGCUUGUAUAUUUCUAGUGCAAUUGUAGUUAUGUGUAUGUAUGUGUGUGUGUGAGAGAGAGAGAAUAAAGAUUUAUAAAAGUAAAUAACAUAGAGAUUGUGAAGUAUAUGUGAAGGACAUGUGGGUUGUGUUAGAUAAUAGAAUUUGAUUGUUUCUGAACAACCAACUCUAAUACUCUUCAAAACUCUUUGA